AUGAAGUUCGUCACCAACCUCGCCCUCCUGGCCACCGCCACCUCGGUCGCCGCCGGCCCCGUCCAGAAGAUCUUCAACAUCGUCACCUCCGGCGCCACAGACGACAGCAACAACGGCCUGUACCUCUCCACCCAGCGCGUGGACCCGCUGAACAGCAACGCCGUCUUCCGCGCUCAGGAGGAUGCCGCCGACUUUUACGUCGUCAACGAUACUAUCCGCUACGAUGCGCCGAACAAGGCCCCCUAUGCCAUUGCCCUGGUGUCUGGUUCCGAGCCCCAGGGUGAUGUGGAGAUUAGCGUUAGCCCGACGACCGGCAGUGAGGGAUUUAGCUUGACGAGCGAGAAGAAGGUGAAGACUUCUCAGCAGAACUUUGGCGGGUGGUUGGUCUGUGAUGGCGAGAAUGGUGUCCAGGCCCUCUACUAUGAGAACACUAGCGCCGGGGACAUUGUUCCGGAUGGCUGCGAUUCCGUGCAGCUGGAUGCUGUUUUCAAGAGCUCUUAG